AUGGUGCAAGAAGGCAUUAUAUUGGGGCACAAGGUAUCUGAAGCUGGAAUAGAGGUUGAGAAGGACAAGGAGGAUGUCAUGGUUAACUUGGUGGCUCCAAAUUCAGUGAAAGGAGUCAUAAGCUUUUUGGGACAUGCUGGGUUCUACAGAAGUUGGUGCUGUGCUGGGACAAAAGAAAGACAAGAAGCUUCAUGUCAGCUACCAACUGAGAAGGAAAUGUUGGCUAUUUUCUAUGCUUUUGACAAGUUUAUGUACUAUUUGGUGGGGUCUAAAGUGGUGGUCUACACAGAUUAUGCAGCUUUGAGAUAUCUAAUGACAAAGAAGGAUGCAAAACCAAGGCUGUUGAGAUGGGUAUUGCUACUACAGGAAUUUGAUAUGGAAAUCAAAGACAAGAAAGGCAUUGAAAAUGGAGUAGCUGAUCACUUGUCUAGACUAAGAGAUCCAAGGAUCUUGUUGGAGUGCCAUGGAUCUGCUUAUGCUGGGCACAAUGCUGAUUUCAAAACUGUGGCAAAGAUCUUACAAUCAGGGUUUUGGUGGCCCAACAUGUUCAUAGAUGCACAAGAAUUUGUCAUCAGACUUCAUGGGCCUUUAAUAUCUUCUCAUGGGAACCAAUACAUUCUGGUGGCGGUGGAUUAUGUCUCCAAAUGGGUUGAAGCUGUGGCAAGUCCAACCAAUGACGCUAAAGUGGUGGUGAAGCUGUUUAAAACCAUCAUUUUCCCAAGAUUUGGAGUGCCUAGGGUUGUUAUAAGUGAUGGUGGAAGCUACUUUGUGAAUAAGAGCUUGGAGGGACUUCUUAAGAAGUAUGGAGUCAAGCAUAAGGUAGCAAGUCCUUCUCACCCUUUGACAAGUGGGCAGGUGGAGGACAGCUUUCAAAACUCCUAUUGGUACGUCACCCUUCAAUCUCCUUUAUGGGAUAGCUGCCACUUGCUUGUGGAACUAGGGUACAAGGCAAUGUGGGCUGUCAAGCUCCUUAACUUUGACAUAAAAACUGCCCAGGAGAAAAGGCUUUUACAGCUUCAUGAGCUUGAAGAGAUAAGGCUUGAUGCCUAUGAAAGCUCAAGGAUCUAUAAGGAGAGGACCAAGACCUUUCAUUAUCAGAAGAUAAUGAAGAGGGACUUCAAAGAGGGGGAUCAAGUGCUUUUUUUUCAACUUAAGGCUUAA